AUGCCAGAAGCUGCCAAGAUUAUUUAUACGAAAACUGAUGAGGCUCCGGCCCUUGCCACGCACUCGUUGCUGCCGAUUCUUCAGGCAUUUACCAAGGGAUCCGGUUUUGAACUGGAGACUUGGGAUAUCUCGUUGACCGGUCGCAUUAUUGCCAAUUUCCCUGACAAUUUGACCGCCGAGCAAAAGAUACUCGAUUAUCUGACCAUGUGUGGCGAUUUGUGCAAGGAGCCGGGGGCCAACCUGGUCAAAUUGCCCAAUAUCAGCGCCUCAAUUCCCCAGUUGAAAAGCGCGAUCCAGGAAUUGCAGGUCGAGGGCUAUGAUAUUCCCGACUACCCCGACGAUCCGGCAACAGACGAACAACGCCAAAUCCAUGCCCGCUAUUCCAUAGUGAUCGGCAGCGCUGUCAACCCGGUUAUACGGGAAGGGAAUUCUGAUCGACGGUCGGCAAUAUCGGUCAAGGAGCACGGCAAACGCAAUCCCCAUCGGAUGAUGCAAGACUGGCCGGAAGUGUCCAAAACCCGAGUCGGCCACAUGACCAGUGGUGAUUUUUACGGCAGUGAGCAGGCCGUUACGACCUCGGCAGCUGGGUCGGCUGCAAUCGAAUUCGUGACCCGCGACGGUCGUGUGACCGAGCUUAAAUCCGGUAUCCCCCUACAAUCCGGUGAAAUCGUCGAUUGCGCCGUGAUGAAUGUCAAGGAGCUGCGCGAAUUUUACGGCGAGGAAAUCGCAAAUGCUAAAGCUGAAGGCGUGUUGCUUUCCCUGCACGUGAAGUCGACCAUGAUGCGCGUGUCCGAUCCGAUUAUUUUCGGCCAUUGCGUGUCGGUUUACUACCAGGACGUGUUCGACAAACACGCGGCAGACCUGGGUGAACUUGCGGUGAAUCCCGACAAUGGAAUCGCUGAACUCUACACGAAGAUUCAAUCCCUGCCUGAGGAUAAGCGAGCGGAAAUCGAGGCGGAUAUCCAGGCGGUCUAUAGCGUCCGCCCGGAGUUGUCGAUGGUGAACUCCAACCGGGGAAUCACUAAUCUGCAUGUGCCGAGCGAUACGAUUAUUGACGCCUCCAUGCCCGUGAUUGUCCGCGAUGGCGGCCGCACGUGGGGCCCCGACAACGAGUUGCACGAUACGAUCGCGCUGAUUCCCGAUCGCUCCUAUGCGACUCUAUAUCAGUCGAUCAUAGAAGAUUGUCAGGAACAUGGGGCGUUUGAUCCGUCCACCAUCGGCAGCGUCGCCAAUGUGGGGCUGAUGGCACAAGCGGCCGAAGAGUAUGGUUCCCACGACAAGACUUUUAAAGCGCCAAGCAAUGGGACCAUUCGGGUCGUGGACUCGUCAGGCGCAACUUUGAUGGAACAGCGCGUUGAGGAAGGUGAUAUCUUCCGGAUGUGCCAGACCAAAGACGAGCCCAUUCAGGACUGGGUCAGGCUUGGGGUCAAUCGGGCCAAGAUCACCGGCACGCCAUCCAUAUUUUGGUUGGACCCGAACCGUGCUCACGACGCUGAGCUGAUCAAGAAGGUGGACCAAUAUCUGCCCACGCAUGACACGGCCGGUUUGGACAUACGCACCAUGUCUACCAUGGAUGCGAUGCGGUUCUCGAUGGCGCGCAGCCGAGCUGGCCAAGACACGAUUGCCGUGACUGGCAACGUGUUGCGCGACUAUUUGACUGAUCUCUUUCCCAUCCUGGAAUUGGGCACCAGCGCCAAGAUGCUUUCGGUCGUGCCACUGCUUCAAGGCGGAGGGACUAUUUGA